GUUGAUAGCAGCAAGUCCUUGGUCCAAAGUCCGAUUUUCAGCUUCCUUCACGAGGACCUCGAUCGACGACAGCUGUCGUGUUGCGCUUUUGGCCCUAUAUGAGCCCCAUAGGACGGAACUGCCUCGUUAUGUCCCGCGACAGACGAUGCAAAUCAGGAAAAUGCGAACGCGUCCGCGACGAAGGUUCGGCAUUACCCUUCCAAAGCUUCUUUCUGCUGUGGAUGAUGUACUCGCAGUGGGUACACGCACCUGCGCAUUUUUACCCCUGCUACGCUGGCGGUGCAAGCAUCGUUCGGGUAGCGAGUACCACAGAAGUCACUCGUUGCUGCGGUCUCAAUACCCACUUGACCCCACGUGGUUGUACCCACACAUAACCAAUGAUCUGUUCAGACCUUCGCCAGAAAGGGCAAAUGCGAUCGUCCUGCGCAUUCACCCCGGGUUUGGCGACGUGGGGGGCCACAGGAACCAGGACGCACCCACGUCAAGGGCUCUACGCACUGAAAAAAACGUGUCGACUGCGGCUCUAUCUUCGUAGACGCGGACUUGCAUCGUGGAAAUAGAUGAGUGUCAGAGGAACCGGAAUGUCUCGACCGCAAGGCAAACUUACGGGAAAGCGCGUCGUCGUCACAGGCGGCGCCAGCGGGAUCGGUGCGCCGGAAGUCCCGUCUGCGUGAACCUCUGACCACAGGGUUCGGGGUGGCCAAGCUCGCCCUCUAUAACGAAGCCUCUGUGAUAGUCUCGUCCUCGAGCCAGGAGAAGGUCGACGCGGCGGUCAAACGACUCGUUGACCUCGGGGACGGGCCAGCUCGUAGAGGGCCGCGUUGCCAAUAACGGAGGCAACCGCCAGGCGCAAGUUCAGUAAAUGUGCUGGAUGCGACCACAUGAAGUAUUGCUCGAAGAAGUGCCAGAGGUGCGGGUGGAAGGACCCUCAGCUAUCUCACAGGCCUGUAUGCAAAAUCAUCAAAGAUGCACUUGCUUGAGGGGUGCACCUUUCGGUGUGGUGCAAGGAGGGCCUUGCAAAGAAAAGCGGCUACUUCGGCUGUUGCGUAUAAGGGGUAUCAAACUCUUAUCCAGCAUAUUGAUCUUCUAGACAAU